AUGGACAAGCCAAAGAUUAAAAGAAGAAGAGAAAUUAAAACUUGCCUGCGAUGCUAUAAACAUAAAUUGAAAUGUGAUAAAUCUAUCCCUUGUUCAAAUUGCAAAAAUUUUGACACUCAAGAAUUGUGUGUUUAUGGGUUUACAAAGGAUGAAAUUACAAAGAUACUUUCCAAGGGAGAAAGAGCAAAGCAAUUAUCUAAAAAUAUACUUACAAGGAUACCUGAUAAAAAUACUAAAGAUAUUUCUUCUACUCCUACCCCUCCACCAACUACUGAAACCUCGAGUGCUCCACCAAAGAAACUGUAUAAAAGCAGUAACUCAACGCUUGUCUAUAGAUCGAAAUAUUUCCAUCCCUUCUUCACUAGUACUAUCAAUGAUAGAUUGUUAACAUCAGAUGAUUAUGACGAAUUCAUAUUAUCCAAGGAAUUUCAUGGUAAUCCAAUUAGAAAAUUCGAUAGGUUUUCUACUACUCCUUUACAAUUCCAAGAAACUAUUCAACUUCUUCCAAACUCUAUUAAAACAGCUCAAAGUAUCAUAGAUACCUAUUUCGAUAGUAUUCAUCCAGUUUUACCAUUUCUUGAUAAAAAAAGUAUUCAAGCCUCUUUACAAGAGACCUAUAAUUCCAUCUCAAAUGAUGAACCAGUAAGCAUUACUACAUUGACCCUUUUAUAUGCCAUUUUUUUCACUUCUUCUUUUGCUACAGUUGCAUCAGGAGUCAUUCCUGAUAUUUUAAUUUGUAAUAAAUAUUAUUCAGCUUAUUCAAUGCUUCUUCCCUUAGCCAAAUUCCCCUUCGUACCAAAUAUCGAAACUUUGCAAGCAUUUAUUAUUGUUAAUUUCAUAAUCGAUCCAAAUAUGGUAGAAUUUGUGGCUUAUUCUGCCAUGUUAGUUAGAAUUGGUCAACAAUUAGGGUUACAUAAAAUCUCAGAUAAUGCUAAUACGAUGAGAUAUAGAAUAUUAUGGAGUACUAUAAUAUAUAUUGAAGGUUCUUCAUCAGUUGUUGCAGGUUUUCCCUAUUUGUCAUCUGAUAGUUUAAUAAAUAGUGUUCAGCUAAGAAAUAAGGAUAUUGGUCCGGAUGAAACUGCUUUACCUUACUUAUUCUUAGAAGGAAAGGCUAGAAUAAAUAUUUUAUUUAAGAAAAUUAUGAAUUUAGGUACCCAAAAGCAAUUGGAAUUGUCAGAUUUCGGAGAUGUUAGAGAGAAAUUAUAUUCAUUAAGUACAAAAAUUGCAAAUAUUAAUUGGGAAAUGGGGACGAUUCCAAACAAAUUGAGUACUUAUUUUGUUAAUACACUUAAUAUCUUUCUUUAUCGAUUACAUCUUAGAUUUUAUGCUCUAACAAGUUCACAAACUCAAGAGGAAAAAAUUUUAAAGAAAAAUGGAGAAAAUUUUACUUCGUUAAAUGAUAUUGAUAUUAGUAACUUAUUAUCUAUAAAUGAUAAUGUUUAUCAUAUUAAUAUUAUUCAGGUAACUUUAGGUUUAUUAUUUAAUACAUAUGAAAGAUUAAUUCAGAAGGAUAUUUCCAAUUUCUCUUGGUAUUCUCGCGGUUCCACAAUUAUGCAAUAUUUAUUUGUAAUUAUUUCCGAUAUACACCAAAAUCCUAAAAGACCAUAUAGAGUUUCUGAUUUUCCAAUUGAAUUAAAAGAUAGCUUAAAUGAGUUAACGAUUGAUAUAAUGAAUAAACAUGAGAUCUUUUGUAAAUUUAUUUUAGUAGAAGAACUGAUAGAGCUUCUUGAAGCUAAACUAGCACCUUUAUGGAAUAAUAAAAAUUUGUUUAAAUUAAUUGUAGUAAAGAAACUAAAAGAGAAAGUUUGGGAACAAAAUCAAUAUAUUUUUAAUGAAGAAUAUGAAACAAUGAAAAAUGACAUUUUUGCAACGAAACUAUUUAAACUAGGUAGGAAAACUAUCCAAAAUACGAAAAUGCUUGAUUUAGAUGAAUGUCUCUCACAAUGGAACGAUGAAAGAGAGAUGUUUGAUGUUCAAAAAAUCAUUAACUCUUGGAUUAAAGAGCUUAGUGAGCCUUGA